GGAAGUGAAAGCUGUCCAGCCCCUGCUGGUAGGCAGCAAUAGAAAGACCCCUGGGUUGUGGCUACGCCGACUGAAUGGUGUAGCUCAGUGACAAGACUGGCAGAAGGCACUGGCUAGCUCGGACAUAAGCACCCAGUGAGGAAGAGUAUUGCUAGCGAGCUGCUUUCAUUUCUUACACAAGUCAUAGCAAUUCCAGCAAUGUCAUUGAGAGUAAUGCCAGGGCUGCAUCAGUUCAGUUAAUUCCAUUGGCAGGGUAUCAUUCCAGUGCACACAGGCAGUUUCAUCUCCCUGGUGGCAGUAAGUGUUGGGCAGUGCUGACACUUAGUAAGUGGGUCUGAUUCUUGGGCUGACAGUGAAUUGAGGUGGGCUAGUAAACAUGUUCAGCUGGAUGGGCAAAGAGAAUGCCAAGGGGCAGCAAGAUGUCCUACAGACGGUGACAGGGGGUCUGCAGGCUCUGUACACGGGGAAGCUGCUGCCGCUAGAGGAACAUUACCGCUUCCAUGAGUUCCACUCGCCGGCCCUGGAGGAGGCUGACUUCAAGAACUUGCCCAUGGUGCUACUUGUGGGGCAGUACAGCACGGGAAAGACAACCUUCAUCAGGUACUUGCUGGAGCAGGAUUUCCCGGGAAUGCGUAUUGGACCAGAACCCACAACCGAUUCAUUUAUUGCUGUAAUGUAUGGGGAAAAGGAAGGGAGUAUCCCAGGAAAUGCGCUUGUUGUGGACCCUAAAAAGCCAUUCCGUAAACUGAAUAGCUUUGGGAAUGCCUUUCUGAACAGAUUUAUGUGUUCACAACUCCCUAAUGAAGUUCUGAGAAGCAUUAGCAUCAUUGAUUCCCCUGGCAUCCUUUCUGGAGAAAAGCAGCGCAUUAGCAGGGGCUAUGACUUUUGUCAGGUCUUGCAGUGGUUUGCAGAACGAGUGGAUCGCAUUAUUCUGCUGUUCGAUGCUCACAAACUGGAUAUAUCAGAUGAGUUCUCCGAAGCAAUUAAAGCCUUCCGCGGUCAGGAUGACAAAAUACGAGUGGUACUCAAUAAGGCUGACCAGGUGGACACUCAGCAACUGAUGAGGGUCUACGGUGCUCUUAUGUGGUCAUUAGGCAAGGUGAUAAAUACUCCAGAGGUCGUUCGAGUUUAUAUUGGAUCUUUCUGGUCCAAACCACUGCAGAAUACAGAAAAUCGGAAGCUCUUUGAGAUGGAAGCUCAGGAUCUUUUUCGCGAUAUUCAAAGCCUCCCACGAAACGCUGCUUUACGCAAGCUCAAUGACUUAAUCAAAAGAGCUCGUCUUGCUAAGGUACAUGCCUAUAUUAUAAGUCACCUUAAGAAAGAGAUGCCAGCAGUAUUCGGAAAGGAUACCAAGAAGAAAGAGCUGAUUAGUAGACUGCCAGAAAUUUAUAUUCAGCUUCAGAGGGAGCAUCAGAUUUCACCUGGAGAUUUCCCUGAUGUUAAAAAAAUGCAGCAACAACUGGAGAUGUAUGACUUUUCCAAAUUCCACACAAUGAAGCCAAAGCUGAUCGAAUCUGUUGACAACAUGUUAGCUAAUAAAAUUGCUCCUUUGAUGAGCAUGAUACGUGAAGAAGAAUGCAACAUGCCAACUCAAAUGGUGCACGGAGGAGCUUUUGAGGGUACCAUGGAAGGUCCCUUUGGUCAAGGGUAUGGUGAAGGAGCAGGCGAAGGUGCUGAAGAUGAGGAGUGGGUGGUGGCAAAAGACAAGCCAGUCUAUGAUGAGCUAUUCUAUACACUAUCUCCAAUCAAUGGCAAGAUCUCUGGGGUCAGUGCCAAGAAAGAGAUGGUAAAUUCAAAGCUGCCAAACAGUGUCCUAGGGAAGAUCUGGAAGCUGGCAGAUAAUGAUAAAGAUGGCAUGUUGGAUGAUGAAGAGUUUGCUUUGGCAAAGCACCUUAUUAAAAUAAAGUUAGAGGGGUAUGAAUUGCCCAAUGACCUCCCCUCACACCUUGUUCCUCCAUCUCAAAGGAAACCCCGGCUCGAUGCUGAGUGAACAGCUUACCUGUGGGCAAGGAAUGGGCUGUGUCUAUCUUGUUGUCUUUCAUAGCCAGAGAGCCCAAUCAAUGUAAAUUGUUCCCUACAGUUUUUUUAACACUGUCUGUAUAGACUUAAUACUAGCACAUACCCUAAAAUAGCACCUAAUUGUUUUCUAACAAAUUAUUUUUUGCCCACUUGCUGAAUGUCAUGAAUUUCUCUGCAUCAAAACACACACAUAUAUAUGUGUAUAUAAAUAUAUGCAUUGCUGGGCAUGAUCUAAACUAUUUGGGUCCAGUUGAAAACUUAGAGAAUCUGUAAUAUGAUUUACCUGUUGUCCCACAGAUUCUGCUGUUUUCAGUGUACUUGUGUAUCCUGCACUGUCAUUCCUGACUAGCUGAGUGCCAAGCUCUCUAUAGCAAGUCUUGUCAAGACAGAGCACAUUGCAAUUUUUCCUGGCAUUCACAUCCAGAGCAUUACCAUCAUGUGUAUACUGGUUAUCUUGGCAUCCAGACUAUGAUGGUGAGGCAUCACAGGUAGCGAAGGCAGGUAACAAAUGUAAAAGGACCCAAGGCAUUCCCUUUUUUAUACAUUGUCUGACCUUAUGACUGGCACUGCUUUUUCAAGCUACGCAAAACCAAAAUACAUACUAAUCAUAUGUAUGGUGACUGGGAUGGGGACCAGAAAUAAGGUUUUUAUGAUUUCUAUGUAUUCCAGAAGUACAGUAACUUCAUCUCACCCAACCUGAGGGCAGGUUAUUCAUUUGAUCUCUAUAGUUAUGUUAUUUUAAAGUCAGUUUAAUACAGUGACUCUGUAUGUGCCUUUUACUCAAUGAAAUUGUGUUUUUAGACAUACAUGUAAAUAUAUUAGUUUUAGAAAGAAAACAAUGCUUUUGUAAAUUCAGAAGAUGGUAGAACUGAGUAUUAUUGAGGGCAUGCAGUGCAAGAGCGCAGUGCGGGAGCAAUGCAAAGCUUAAUUCUACCUUUGCUACAACACAAGACUGGAUUUGACAAGCAUCUUUUAAAGGGUUAGGAACUUAAAAGUUCUAGAGUUCUAAAGUCAAAAAUAAUUUUUGGCUUCUCCACACAAAAAUAAAAAUAUGGCCAAUUAAAAAAUUGCACCGUUUAAGAAAUUAUAUAUUUCCUGUUGCCCCCUUUGCUCUUACAGCCAUUCAUACUAAUGUUCUAAUGGCCACUGGCUAUGCUGCUUUUAAGUGCUUUUGGUUGGCCUUGAAACAAACAGAAACGUUUAUUAGUUACAGACUGCAGUUGUCUUUCAGACAGUAGAGCAGGACCCGAAAAUUCCUCCCGAACAGCACAUCCGGCAGCCAUUAGAAAACCAGUGCCCAGGCUGUCAGGGCAGAGGGGGUAACAAGACACACUGUAGCCUUUAUUUCUGUCAUGGUGCAAAGUUUUUGAAGCAAUUUGGUGAUAUGUGUAUUUUUGUGGGAAAAACCUGAAAAUCUUUAUUUACUUUUGAACCUUUUUCCAUACAUACAUUAUAAGUGAGUUGUUUCCAUGGAAAAAAAGUUGGAUAAGGAGCUCACAAAUAAAUCUUUUAUAUAUGUGUUAUCUAUCUAUAAUAAUAUAAGAAUUAUAUGUUAAUUGAUUUAUCAACCAUUCUCUCUAACUCUGUUUCAUAUCCUUUGGAGUAGUAGUCCACAAUAUCUUGGAAUCCAAACUUAAGAAAUAAAGCUCUAUAGGUUUUAGGAUUCUCUGUCCGUAUGAAAGGGAACUGCCCUAGCUAUAAACAUUCACACAAAUUAUAGUGACCGUUUAAUAAUCUGAUUUGCAAGUAUAUUUUUCUUACAAUGUUUGAGUUUUAUGGUAUUUAAAUACUCCCUCAGCCUAAUAUUUGUUUAUCUUAUGCACACAACUCCAGUCAUGCUGUGAGCUAUUUCAAACUGUUAACUUAUUAUUGACUUGUGUGUAGAAACCACCAACGUGUAACAGGGGAAUCCGCUUAUUAGACCAGGGAACUCGCCACACAAGCUCCCUCAGCCAACAAUUUUCUGAUCACAUACUCCUGUAUCUAGAACUCACAGCAUGAUCGAGUUGUUUGUAGCAGUAACAAAAGACUACUAUAUAACUCUGUGCUUUCUGUCAGCUAAUCCUUUUCUGCAGAUGCUACUGAAUAAAGCAGGAUAUCUAUGAAACUCUCAUUUGUACUGCAUCAUUUCUGGUGGUGCUAAUGGACAAUGCAUUCCUGUUCUGUUCCAAUAGUAGUGAAGUGGCUGCAGUUGCUUUUUCUGCUAUCUCUCUCUUUUUUUUUUUUUUUUUUUAUAAAAGCAAAGUUGGUGAAUCCAUGUCAUCUGAUUACUCACUUGCCUCUGGAACAGUACUGUGAACCAUAGGGUUGAACUCUGCCCAUGGCACCAGCUUGGUAGCUGUAGGAACCAUCUGUUCGUAAGACAAAUCUGAAGAAAAUCUUUCAGAAGUGUUUUUUCCCCCACUAGUGUUGCACUGAUUUACAUUGCCUUUGUGUUUGUAUUUAUUCUCUUUUUCUAUUACAUACCUGUUAUCUAACAAUAUGAGCCUUAAGGGUUAGAACCCACGGAGCGAGUUAGUCACCAGCGAUAGAUCGCGGGAGACUAACCGCACUAAGAUGGCUUUCCACCAGCAACAAUAGGAGUCACCAAUGGAAAGCAUCGCUUCGGUUAUCCGUCGCGUAAAGUUUCCUCCUGCAGGCAACUUCAGAAAAUGGAGCAAUGCAAAAGUAGAGAUCUAUCACGGGUGACACAAACGAUUCAUGGGUUCUUACUCUUAAGGGGAUGUACACCUUAUUUGUUCAACAAGUCCCUAAAAGAGAUACUGACACCAGACAUUAAACCUUUUUACAUCCAUCAUAACAUUGUGUUUGCAUGCUAUUUAUAAUUUUGCCAUAAAAGUGUUUGCUGGAGACUUUACAUUACCUAUAUGAGGGGGCUGCCAUAUAUGUGCAGUGAGAGUGGUGCUUUCUUCUCACUCAUUAGCAUAGCAUGAAUUGUAUUGGCUGGCAAUAUGAUAUGUGUUAUACAAAUGGAGCACGUGCAGUACUGGCGCUGUCACCCACUGCUGAAAGUAGAGACAGGGGUUUGUGACUCCCUCCUCCACUAGGACAGGGCAGGACCCAACUUCAAGUGACUGCCGAAUUCAUUUGAAAAUUUAAAGAAAAAUUAGCGAUUUUUGUUAAAAAGUCCCAAAUGUUAGCAAUAAUAACAAUUACUUUUGUAAAUGGUUCAUUUAAAACCAUGCCCGGUUCUAUUUUGUCACUACCAUAAAUAUACAUAAAUAUACAUCAAUUUUUUUAAAAGAAAAACCAUUUUCUACACUGUACCCACUCCCUAACGUGGUGUAUACAUUAUCUUAUCUGGUUUAGAACAUUUACAGAAAAGGUUCAAACUAAAUAUCCCCCCAAACUGCUGUUUUCAAUUAGAAUUUAUUGCAUAUAAUUACAGGGAAUAGUAAAGGGAAUAUUUCUGUUUACAACACUGAGGGGAUACUGAAGUGGCUGCUGCCAUUUGUAUUCCCGCGGCUUCACUUACUGGUUCAAAAAGUAUUCAAGAAUCCUUUGGAAAAAUGUUUAUAUUUAAUGAAAAUCACAAAUGAGUAUGCUAGGCUUAAUGAAUAUUUUUAUUUCUAAAAACACUGUGACAUUUUAUGAAUUAACAUUGACGAAUGUCCCUCAGUGUGUGUAUAUAUUAUGUUUUGUACCUGCAAAAUAUUCCUUUAGAACUAAUCUCAACCAAAUGCUGUAUAUAAAUGUAUGAUUCUACUGAAUCCAGUUCUUGAAUAUAAUAUAAAAUGUAGAUUUAUUUUUAACAUUCAUGUUCUUAUGACUUGCAAUAUGAUUUAAUAAAUAAGCCUAUUUCAUUAACA